AUGCCUCCUCGACGUGAUCAAACUCAAGAUGCUGCUAUGGCAGCCAUGAUCGCUCAGCAAAUCGCUGCGGUACUCCCAAACCUAGUAACUCAGUUAAACCAAGCAAACAACAACAACAAUAACAACGUACCUGUUCUGUGCAACUUUAAGACUUUCAAUUCGGCUAAACCGCUUCAGUUUUCUGGGUCAGAAGGAGCAAUUGGGCUCCUACAGUGGUUCGAGAGUCUCGAGAACACGUUUCGUCAUGUUCAAUGCCCGAAUGGGCGAAAGGUUAAGUUCGCGUCAAGUGUGUUUCAGAAAAGGGCGCUUACUUGGUGGAAUGGUGUGAUGAGGGACAGAAGUGCCGACGUGGCAAUGGCUCAAACUUGGGAAGAGGUUCGUGCUCUUAUAAUGAAGGAAUUUUGUCCUCGUCAUGAACUGCGGGCACUGGAAGAUGAAUUCCAUGAUCUCAAGCAAGAUAGUGGAGAGCACCGUGCCUACACAGACCGAUACGAAGAAUUGAGCCUGCUGUGUCCCACCAUGGUCACGCCUUUGGACAAGGCGAUUGAGAAGUACAUAGAUGGUCUUCCCGAUCCUGUUCAGGAUAUUGUCACCGGCAACAACCCUACCACUGUUAGACAAGCCAUUGAGCUAGCAGCGACUUUGACCGAGUCUCAAACAAAGAAGAAGAAGGGAAAGAAGGCUGAAACCUCGAAGAAAUCUAGGAAGUGCAAGGCUUCCCAAAACUUUGCGGUUAUUGCACAACCCAACCAGAACACUCAGAACCAUCCAACACAACCACCCGCCAAGAAACAGUAUGUUGGUACUGCACCGCUGUGUAACAAGUGCAACUGUCAUCAUCAACCACAUCUUCAGUGUCGUCUCAACAACAACUUUGGAAGAAAUGGCCAUUUGGCUAACACAUGUCGCUCUCCUCCUGCUCCGAAUCAAGCGGCACAAAACCCUGCCCAACAGCCAGCAAAUCCUGCACGACCUCCUUUUCCGCCUGGGUCUUGCUACAAUUGUGGAGAUUUGACUCACUACAAGAACAAGUGCCCGAAGUUGGCUAAUGCGAACCCGGCUCGUGGACGAGCAUACAACAUCAAUGCCAAUGAAGCGCGUGCCGACAACGAGGUGGUCAACGGUACAUUCUAUUCUUUUUUAUUCGGGUGCCGACAAGAGUUUUGUAUCCCUAGCUUUUGA